GACCCGACGAUCGAUCUGGGCCCGUCGUCGCCAGUAGUAAAAGGCAGCAGGAAAAACGAUGGAAACGGACCGAAAACCCGCGACCAGCGCUGAUCCUACAAGUUCGUUACACCUUCCUUAGCAGACACUGGAACUGGUAGGCGGGCGACGAGGUUUGCAAAACGCACGCGGCCGUUCCCCUCUUCCUCCGCUCGGUUUCCGCACGUGCUCCACGCUGCCCGUAGAAAUAGACCUCCCCUUCCCUCCCAUCGCCCUAUCCUGCAGACGCAUAAAUCUCUCCUCGACAGGCACACAAACACGCCAUCACGAUUCCCAUUCCCUGCACUGCAAUUCCUCACAGACUGACCGAAUCCCAACCGUGGCCAUGACGACGAAGCAGCUGAGGCGGGUGCGCACGCUGGGCCGCGGCGCGUCGGGCGCCGUGGUGUGGCUGGCCUCCGACGAGGCCUCGGGCGAGCUGGUGGCGGUGAAGUCGGCGCGCGCAGCGGGUGCCGCGGCGCAGCUGCGGCGCGAGGGCCGCGUCCUGCGGGGCCUCUCGUCGCCGCACAUCGUGCCGUGCGUCGGCGCCCGCGCGGCGGCGGGCGGCGAGUACCAGCUCCUCCUGGAGUUCGCGCCCGGCGGGUCGCUCGCCGACGCGGCCGCCAGGGGAGGGGGCCGGCUGGCGGAGCGCGACAUCCGCGCCUACGCGGGGGACGUGGCGCGCGCGCUGGCGUACCUGCACGGGCGGUCGCUGGUGCACGGGGACGUCAAGGCCCGGAACGUGGUGGUCGGCGGCGACGGCCGCGCCAGGCUGACCGACUUCGGGUGCGCGCGCCCCGCCGCCGCCGGGUCGGCGCGCCCGUUCGGGGGCACCCCGGCGUUCAUGGCCCCCGAGGUGGCGCGCGGGGAGGGCCAGGGCCCCGCCGCCGACGUCUGGGCGCUCGGGUGCACCGUCGUCGAGCUGGCCACGGGCCGCGCGCCGUGGGGCGACGCCGACGGCCUCCUCGCCGCGGUCCACCGGAUCGGGUACACGGACGACGUGCCGGAGGCGCCCGCGUGGAUGUCGGCGGACGCCAGGGACUUCCUGGCGCGCUGCUUCGAGAGGCGCGCCGCCGCCCGCCCCACGGCCGCGCAGCUCCUGGCGCACCCGUUCGUCGCCGACCUCGACGCGCGGCCGAAGCGGCAGGAGGAGGGGCUCCCGUCCCCCAAGAGCACGCUGCAGCAGGACGCGUUCUGGGACUCGGACACCGACGACGAAGCGGACGAGGUGGCGACGGGCGCGGCCGAGAGGAUCGGGGCGCUGGCGUGCGCCGCCUCCGCGCUGCCCGACUGGGACUCCGACCUCCAGGACGGAUGGAUCGACCUCCAGCACGACCGCCCGGGAACCGCCGGCGCCCCGCAGGCAGCGACGACGGAGGCGGCCGCCGCCGUCGCGGACUGCUUCGUCUGGGCGGAGCUGCCAGAUGCAGAGGUGGAGCAACUCGUCGCCACCGCCGCAGAUGCCAGCAGCAGCGGCCAUGGCCACCUACGUCGUCUCCCGCGCAUUGCAGGAGUGGUAGCUGUAGCUGGUGCCACGACCACCAUUGAGCAGGGCAGCUACUUGCCUAUGCAUUCAGGCGUCCACGAAAAGAAGAAAAAUCCACGCCCGUUCGAUCACGGUGACGACGGGAUAGAAAAUGCGGGAUCCCACCGCGCUUGUAACAUGAACAGAGCAAUAACAAUGAAACGAAUUUCGUUUAAAAAAAAUUCCUUCUGGUUCGUUGGCACACACCGUACUACACUACACAUGAUGCCCAAGGCCUAACGUGCGAUCAGCCGGACAGCUAGAA